AUGUCGACAUCCUCCGAUGAUAUGACAGUCGAAGUGAUCAGCAAUGACAACAAAAGUUUUACGGUACCGGCGAAGCGUUUGAUGCAGUCCAAGUUGUUGUCAUUCAUGAUUGGCGACUUGUUCAUCGAGCCAAAGAAGAUACCAGAGAAGAAGAAAAAACUCAUCUUUCAGGCGUCUAUCUCUGCUAUUUGGAGGGAACGCAACUCCCGCAUAUUUUCCACGGUCUCAUGCUCGAUCCAAGACAUCCGCAAAGCUGUUGAUCGCUUUCUCGGUGAUCGUCUGCUCUCGUUCCCUGCUCCGGACUCUUCCUCUCUCUCUCUACUUGCAUUUUAUUUUGGUUGUAUUCCUUUUGUUUAGCUAAUUCGGUCCGUCGUCUUUUCCUUUCCAUUGUGGUUGAUUAAUAAGUUGUAUGCAACACAUAAAAAAAGGGUAUAAAAUUU